AUGGUUUCUGCUUCUGCUUCGAAUGUUUCCGCCAUUUUACUGCUUUUCCUUUCCAUAAUCAGCACUUCUAGGGUUGCAUUUUGUGGCAAGUUUUAUCAAGAUUUCUACAUAACAUGGGGAGGGGAUGAUCAUUCUAAAAUGCUCAACAAUGGAGAGCUCCUAACUGUCUCUCUUGACAAUGUUAGUGGCUCAGCUUUUGAGUCAUAUAAUCAAUAUCUAUAUGCAAAGAUAGAUAUGCAAAUUAAGCUUGUUGCUGGAAACUCUGCUGGCACUGUCACUACCUUCUAUUUAUCCUCAACAGGGUCAUAUCAUGAUGAGAUAGACUUUGAAUUCUUGGGGAACCUUAGUGGUGACCCUUACAUACUUCAUACUAAUGUGUUCUGCCAAGGCAAGGGCAACAGAGAGCAGCAAUUCUACCUUUGGUUUGACCCCACUGCAGAUUUUCACACGUAUUCUAUACUUUGGAAUCCCCAAAACAUCAACUUCUUGGUUGAUGGCCUCCCCAUUAGGCAGUUCAAGAACCUUGAGUCUUAUGGUAUUCCAUUCCCCAACUACCAGCCUAUGAGGUUAUACUCCAGUCUCUGGAAUGCUGAUAACUGGGCCACAAGAGGUGGACUGGUGAAGAUAGAUUGGACCCAAUCACCCUUCACUGCAUCCUACAAGAAUUUCAAUGCUGAUGGUUGCAUUUGGUCUUAUGGAACUUCUUCUUGUGAUUCAAAUUCUCCAAAUUCCAAUGCCAACAAAGGAGCAUGGUACUGGGAGAAGCUUGAUUAUUCAGAUCAAGGGAAGAUGGCAUGGGUGCAAAAUAAUUAUAUGAUCUAUAAUUACUGCACAGACACAAAGAGAUUCCCUCAAGGCUUUGCUCCAGAAUGCUAUCUCACCAAUUUGCCCUAG